UCCUCCGCCCUAAGCAGACUCCCCCUCGCUCUCUCUCACAGGCUCGCUGCUGCUUUGAUCUUCCCUUAACAACAGUCACGUCAUAGGGGACUUUUGUCAAGCGGAGCGAGAGUUAGAGAGCUCAGCAGAGGCAGCGCAGCAUCCACGGAAGCCGUGUCCGAACUUAGAUCCAAUUCUCUUACUUUGUCAUCGCCAAAAGUCGGGCAACACCGAAGACAUGGAGCACCAGCUGUUUUGCUGCGAAGUGGAUACCAUUAAAAGAGCUUACCAAGAUACCAACCUGUUGAAUGACCGAGUUUUACAGACAAUGCUCAAAGCUGAGGAAAACUAUCUUCCGUCACCAAAUUAUUUCAAGUGCGUUCAGAAAGAAAUUGUGCCUAAAAUGAGGAAAAUCGUCGCAACGUGGAUGCUCGAGGUCUGUGAAGAGCAGAAAUGUGAAGAGGAGGUUUUCCCAUUGGCUAUGAAUUACCUGGACAGAUUUUUAUCGGUGGAGCCCACCAGAAAGACCAGGUUACAGCUGCUAGGAGCCACUUGUAUGUUUUUGGCCUCUAAAAUGAAAGAGACUGUGCCACUAACAGCAGAAAAGUUGUGCAUAUAUACAGACAACUCCAUCCGCCCCAGCGAAUUAUUGCAAAUGGAACUGCUGGCCUUAAAUAAACUGAAGUGGGAUCUAGCCUCCGUCACACCGCACGAUUUCAUUGAACACUUUCUCGCCAAACUUCCCAUACAUCAGAGCAGCAAGCAGAUACUGCGCAAGCACGCCCAGACAUUUGUGGCCCUCUGUGCAACAGAUGUUAACUUCAUCGCGUGCCCUCCCUCCAUGAUCGCGGCGGGCAGUGUGGUGGCGGCAGUGCAGGGGUUGUACCUGAAGAGCAGCGACAGUUCCCUUUCGUCGCAGAACCUCACCCACUUCCUCUCGCAGGUCAUCAGGAGCGACCCUGACUGCUUGCGGUCGUGUCAGGAACAGAUCGAGUCCCUGCUGGAAUCUAGUCUCAGGCAAGCUCAGCAACACAGCAUCUCCACAGAGACCAAACGGGUGGAGGAAGACGUGGACCUGUCUUGCACACCCACAGACGUCAGGGACAUUAACAUCUAAGCGGAUGGCGUUCCACCGAUGAAUCUCCUCAUCUUUGUUUCUGUUGGGUAUGGGCUUUGGCCAAAAGCUUUAUGGGACAAGAGGGAAAACGGUCUCCCCCCUGCACCCCUCCAUCCGACCAAUACCUCGACCAAUCGCAACUUGCCCUUCAGCGAGCCCUGACUGUUGACUGCUUGAGUGGCAUCCCUGCGGUUUUGAUGAUCGGGCUCUGGCCCACCAGGAUCACCAGCGGAGGACAGGGAUCGAAUGGAAGUCUUCUCUAUAUUGAUCCCUCUCUUUUUUAUGCCUCGAGUCAAAAGUUUAAAAUACAGAAACAUAGGCUAUCUAGGAUUUUAAAAUUGCAAAUAACAACGACAGUAGUUGUUGUAGACCUGCCUUAACUUGUCCUUGCGCAGAAAACGUGGGGUAUUUUUUGUGUGUCAAAAACUAUUUUUGAAAGAGAAGAGACGUUAUUUGUUAUGUUUGAUUUCUUUCUCUCAUAGAUAGUACGUUGUUACACUUGCUAGGAGCCCUGCUUUUUCUGCAGUGUAGUCGUUGUAAAUAUAUCCCCGCUUGCUAUGCGUCUAGUCACUUUAUAAUAAUUCUUUAUAAUAAUUCCUAGACAGAUUCCCUAACAAGAUUCUCUUCUCUUCCAAAAUGGUUUAUGUAACCUUAGAAUUUUUUUUAAGCAUGUAUUUUUGUUAUGAUUUAGACGGCUGUGGAUUGCCCGGGAUCUGAAUUAAGGCCAGACACAACCAUUCCUAUGAAUCGUUGCCUUCACUGCCAUUAAUGUAUAGUGCUAUUACUGCCGUGACACAAUAAGCUUAUCUUCUACCUUGCGGUGCAGUCCACAGUCGGCCUUUUUCUUUAGAUUCAUGUAUUAUCUAAAACCAUUCCAUUUUAAAAAAAGAAAAAGCACUUUUAGUCCGUCGUUCGAGGCUGAUUUUUACAAAAAACAGAAAAAAGAAAGAAAUCCGCAGUUGUUAAAACAAUAGGGGGGAAAAUAUGGAAUGGUGGAAUAGACUCGUGUCGUCUUGCAGCAUGGAGCAGGUCUCUUUAUCUAUGGUGUUAAUGGUCUGAAAGAGUAAGCGUGAGAGGGGGACAUUGAGAAGAUAUCUAUUCUUUAAAGGGUUAAUCGCCUCCCGCCUGAAUGGACGGAUGCUAGAGAACGUUUCAAAGUGCAAUCCUACAGAAGCUCGGGCACCUUCUAGCUUCAGAUGCAUUCAGAGUGCUAGAAACACUAUUGGGAACUAUUUAUUCUUAUCUGUUCCCCGUAAGGCCAGUAUGCGUGGAUGCCCUAUUUUUGAAGUAUGUAUGUAAAACUAAGAUUGACAGAGAAACACCAUAGUUAAAGUUGAUGUACUCUGGUCUAGAAUUUGUAUAAAAAAGCAAACAACAAAGUAGAUUUUGCACAAACCCAGAGAUGUCAGUUUUCUUAUGGAUCUCUGGAAGGGGAGAAAGAUGAAGAGGGAUGUUAGACGGCAGAGGGAGGCAAAAAGGGCGAUGGCUGGACAUCAAAGAGUUAAAGCAGAACUGAGAAGAUGUAUGAAACAAAAAAACAAAAAAACAGAGGAGAUGCUGCGGGAAGACACUCCUCAUAUUUAGCUGCUAUGGAGGGAUUUCCAGCGAGAAUGAAACUUUCAAAUGAGAAAACAAAAAAAAAAGAAAAAGACAUGCUUCUUUCUCUUGUCUUGUUUUGCUGCUAUUUUUUGUUUGUUUAUAUAAAAUGUCAAUACAAUGCCAUGUAAUAGGUUUUAAUUUUCUCAUAGAAAAUUAUGAUAUUAUUGACAACUUUGGUUCUUUUGGUAGUUUUUUUUUUUUUAAUGUGAUCAAUUUUUGUUAAUGUGAUUUCUACGCUAUGCUAUUCCCAAAACAAAAAAGACAAAAAAAACACACAAAAGCAGAUGAAAAAAUAGACAAACGUUUCUGUUGUACCCACGAUACCUCAAACUACAGUGAUUUAGCAUUGAUUUAGUCUGGGACUUUUUCUUAGUGCUAUUUGUUUUGUUUUAUUUUGUGGUUAUACCGUGCCUGUUAGUCCUGUUGUAAACUGCAAAUGAUCAUGUAAAUCAUCAUCAUCAUCCUACUGGGUCCUGAUGCGAGCGAGUAGAAAAGCACAUUGAAUGGAAUUGGUGCCAUAAACAUUGACUCUUGCGAGUUUAUUUUCACAGUUUCAUUAAAGGAGACUAUAUACCCACUAAAGCCUCUUCUAGCCCAUCUUAAUGAGUUAAUGAAGCUUUUGUUUAAAACGUCACCAUUGUGAGUUUGUGACUGCCAUGUGUACUUACAAAGCCAUCGUUUUGUCAUGUAGUAAUUUAACACAGCGCAGACAAAAAUGUCUGCUUCGAGACGUCUUAAUAAAUGUGACUCGGCUACAAUCAGCAGUAACGCUUGACCUGAUUUUUUUUUCAUUAGCCCAAUUGACUUUGUGUCUAUGGAUCUACAGUUUUUCCGGAGUUCUUUUCCUGGCUGUUUGUUGAAUAGAGAGGAACCUGAAAAGCCACCUUUAUCUUUACUUUUAUGUACGUUAGUCUAUAACAUGGUGCUGCUAAAUGUUUGCAUUGAGACUAGAGUUUCUGGAAGAGAUGUGGCUAUAAGCUAGUUAUGGUGGUGGAGGUGAUUCAGGACCCAGGGGAAACAAUUAUAUUAUCCUCUGUAGUAUCAGGAAAGUUUUUUUUACCUCAAGACAAAAUUAAUUGAAUGAUGAAAUCCAGCAUGUAUUGGUGCGAUACACACACACACAAACCAAGAGACUGCCUUGCAAUCAAUGAAAUGAUGUGUGUGAGGGGUCAUCGCUCUUGAAUGUUUAGGGGAAACAGAGAAGAGAAUGCACCCCCUCAGUAUAAAAAUUGUAUCCUCAUGUCUUAAUUCUGUUGUAAACAGACCCGUAGAGUCUGUUUGUUUAAUAUGGUAUUCAUUUGCAAGGAUCAAACUAAAAUGUGCCAUUGAUCCUCAAACACAAUGUCAUUGUUUGAGAUUUGUGUUUUUAUUUUCACAAACUGGUCACUGAAAUGCACAAUCUUUCCUUGCUGACCCAUCUUAGCCAUGAGGUUACCUAGAAUAAAACUUUAAAAAAAACACUUGUCUAGUC